CGGUUUCAAUCAGUUUUAGGGACUGUCGCAGCAAACCAGCGCCUGCCAUUUCCUGUUGUCUGAACUGAACAGAGCAGCAGAUUAUAGAGAAGGAAGCGAAGCCAAGCGACUCACGCCAGUCUUGAGGAAUUCUCCAUUGAAAAGUUGUACCAAAAUGUCCAGAAAGGGUAAAUCUUCUCAGUUGAGCCGGCGAGAUGCACAAGGCUUAGCCGGCAUCAUCAAGAAGGUGGAACUGACCAAUUUCAUGUGCCACAGUCACCUAGUCCUGGAACUGAAUCCUAGGGUGAACAUGGUGGUUGGCAAGAACGGCAGCGGGAAAUCCGCCAUCAUGGCUGCCCUGAUGGUGGUCUUAGGAACCAAGGCGUCGGACACUGCGCGUGGUCGUUCUCUGGCCGCCUUUGUCAAGCUGGGCUGCCGACAGGCGGUCGUGAAAAUCACGCUGUCCAAUCAGGGACCCAACUCGUACAAGAUGGACAGAUACGGACUGCUCAUUGUCCUCACCAGAACCAUCGCAGCCAAAGGAGCAAACCGACUGACGGUGGGUUUGGCCUCUGGGAACGUAGUCACUUGCUCCAAAUCUGAACUGGGAGAGGUGCUGCAGGCGUUGAACAUCAACCUGCCCAACCCGUUUGCCCUGCUUACUCAGGAGACGAUGAAGACGUUUCUGCACAACAACAAACCGAGCCAAAUGUUCACAUUGAUCGAGCAGGGAACUGGAGUCUCUGCCAUCAAGGUCCGAUUGGCUGAACUGAAGGAUAAGGUGUCUGGUCUGGUCAAAAAGAAGUCGCAAAUGGCGGCUAGUCUGAAGCGAGUGGAAGAAGAGCUGAAAACUUGGAAGCAGAAAGUGAAGCAGCACGAGAAAACUCAUCAGGCCUCGUCAAAACUAGAAAGGUUGCAGCUGGAACUGGCCUGGGCUGGUGUUCGAGAGGAGGAGGAAAAGGAGCUGCAGCUGUCUGGCCGACUGGAUGCCCUCUGCUCUGAGCAGAAUUCAUUCCAAACCAAAAUCGACAAGCUUGCAGACGAGAGGAGCAAAGUCCAAGAUCAGCUGAAGUUGGAGAUCGAAGACUGGAGGAACGCUAGGAACUUGUACACCCAGAAAAAGCAGGACAAGGACCUCAAGUACAAGAUGCACCUGGAUGCCCAAAACAGGAUUGAUGAACUACGUCGGUCGAUGCAGUCUCUCGAUGGACAGAUCAGUGUGUUGAACAGAGAGAGGAAGGACCUGCAGGCGGAAAUUGCAAGAAUUGCCAAUCAGUCGAGUGAUGCGGAGACUAGGAAGAGGGCCAGGGAACAGGAGCAGCUGGAACAAAAUAAAAGCAAUCUUGCAGCGGCGCUUCAGGAACUCACGCCGCUUGUGGAACAGCUCGACGUAGAAAGGCGUCAAAUGAGAGAUCUGCAGCACUGGGCCGCCAAUGCCAAAGAACACAUGGAAUCAACCAGAAGUGGACUCAGAAAUGCUGAGCAAAACUUCGCACGUGUACGUCGAGAGAGCAGCGCUUCUGCGAUUCCACCAGUCUUCGGACCCAAAAUGCCUGACUUGUUGAGAGAAGUGGACCGUGCCGCUCAACAGGGAUCGUUCAAGCACAAACCUGUUGGGCCGAUUGGCUUGCACUUGAAGCUGAAGGAUUACUCUUGGAGUUUGGCCGUGGAAAACCUGCUGAGAUCGGAAAUGCAGGUUUUCUUCUGCGACAACUUCGACGACAAGAAUGUGCUGGACGGCCUGGCGCGUAGGAUCGUUGGGCGGCCCGUGCAGUGCGUCGUCAGCAAAUUCUUUGACCAUCCUUUUGACAUUCAGAACACCAAGGCAGUUGCACCACCUGGCCUGCUCAGUCUGCUCGACAUUCUUGACAUUGAGGAUCCCAGACUGUUCAAUUUCUUCCUUGACCAACGUCGUGUAGAAAACGUUUUGCUCUGCGCUGACACUAGGAAGGCCAUUGAGAUGAUGCAGAGUAGUGAGACGGUGCCUAGCAACUGCUCGUUGAUUGUGACCAAGGAUGCAGAGCAGGUGUUUCCUUCUCCCAACUUCAAGGUCUACGGCAAGGAGGGAGAUGUGCAAAUCUUGGUCAAAAGCACGGAAGCCAACAUCGCCUUGUACGAGCAACGCGUGGCUCAGGCUGCUGAGGAGCGAAAGAGUGCCGAGGAAGAGUGGCGGCAGAGAGAGGACGACUACAAAAAGCACAAGGAGCAAGUCGCUGCUCACGAGACGCGACGCAAGGAACUGGAUCAAACCGUGGAGCGACUGACGGCUGCCAUUCGCGUCGCAGAAAACCAGCAACCGGUCAAUUCGGUUGACAACUUGCAAACCCUGCAAGAAGAGUUGGAAGAAAACGAGAUGAAAAUUGCAGAGAUUCAGUCACAAAGGGAACACGCUUCCGAGGCCCGAAGUGAACAAGAGGCCAUAAAGAAGCAGUAUGAGGUCGAACUGAAACAACUCGCUGCAGAAUUUAGGGUGUUGGAUGAGAAAUGCAGUCAAUGCGAGAUGCGAAAGCGGCAGUUGGAGCGCAAGCUUGAGGACGAGGAGGACAAUGCUCAGAGGCGCAAGCAGCGUCAGAAAGUGAUGGCUGAGAAGAGAGUGCAGCUGGAGGCGGAACUGACCACCCAGAGAAAGAAGGUUGCCGAUGCUGCGGCUGCUGCCAACGUGGUCGGAGAGCGUGUCAACACUCAGAAGGACCGAAGCAGCAUUUUGAGGGAGAUUGAACGCCAGAAUUCGGUCAUCAAGAAAUUGAACGCUGAGCUGGAGGAUGUGGACGUGGUAAAGGCCGAGGUGGAACGCCUCGAUGAAAAGGUUGCCAAAGACACAGAAAACUUGCAGCUGGUGGCCAAAAACUUGGCCGAGAUGGAAGAUAGCAUGAAAAAGCGUGUCUCCUUCUACGGGAAUGCCGUCAUGAACACCUUUGUUCACAUCAACCUGUACUUCUCCAACCUUUUCGGCUCGCAACCAAUCGAGGGAAAAUUGGAGGUCAAUCUUGAGAAACAGACCAUGUCGAUCUCGACCAAUUUCAAGGGAAGAUCAGGCGAGGGCGCUAGAAACUUAUCAGGUGGCGAACGUUCCUUCACGACCGUGGCCCUGGUGCUGGCCGUCUGGAACAAACUGCUCGUUCCAUUCUACAUGCUCGACGAGUUUGACGUGUUCAUGGACAUGGCCAACAGGCGCAAAGCAACGGACAUGUUGCUGAGGGAGGCGGACAGCCGUCCCACUAAUCAGUUCAUCUUCUUCACGCCUCAAGAACUGAACCUAGCUGCCCAGCCCCACAUCACCAUUCACAAGUUGUCUGAUCCUCGUGCUUCCUAAACAACAUUCCAUGCCAACAAAAUUGAAUUUAUUUCUGUAGUUUUCUAGUUGAUAAAUUUGCUAUUCGUUAAAUUGAAUA